AUGAAAUUUAAUAUACAAAUUCUGCUAGCGUCUUUGUUAAUUGUGGUCAGUGCAAAUUACGCUUUGUCAUCCAAAUGUUAUACAUGCGAUCCAUGUCCAAAUCCAUUCAAUCCUACAUCUAAAGAAGUUAAGAAUGCAACAGAAUGUAAAUGGUGUGCGACAGUAAGAGUCGCCGGCAACUCACCGAAGGUAUUUAGAGCAUGUACACCUGAGUGUUCGACUAAUACCUGGAACAGGCAAUACAGUUCGUUCACUUAUAUGUGUUGUACUGACGACUUUUGUAAUUCAACUGUCCAUAAUUGUUCAGUGCAUCGCUUACUUCUUGCAGUUCUCUUGGUCAUUAUUUGUUUUUAUAUUAAUCAAAACAAAUAAACAAACAAAAUAUAUUCCGCCAUACUCAAUAUGAUUUAUUUACAUCAUUCUUAAUUAUUAUUAAAUGGACGUCAUCUUGCUUAAUUUGUACAUCUCACCUCUUUAUUUAUGUUUAAAUCUGUGUUCCAUGUAGAAUGAUUGUUAUUCAACUUAAGUGAGAGGUUAAUCGCUUUCUACGUUAACAUUUGUUUCGUCAUUUCAUUCCGCCUUAUUUUGUAAUAAAAGUCAUAUUUUAAAAAAUAAUAGUAA